GAGGGCAGUGAUAUAGAGGAUGUGUUGGAAUGCUUUUUAGAAAAAUUAAAGCUUCUUGGCAAGAAAAAGAGAAGCCGCGGGGGCCGUUCCCGCCGCUCUCCGCUGCCUUGUGCAGCACCAGUUCCACUUUCCCCUCUCCAAAUGGCUUUGCAGGAGGCACAAAAGUGUGGUGAGGAAUUGGGCAUUCACGCCUUCCCUGUUAUGGAACAGGUGAACCCUCACAUGGGACAGCGUGAGCGUGCUUAUGAACCGCUUCCUUUUAAAACCUUAAAAGAGUUAAAAACAGCCUGUGCUCAGUAUGGGCCCACUUCCCCUUAUACUUUAACCAUCUUGGAAACUAUGGCCUCAGAGGCUCUCCCACCUAAUGAUUGGAGAGCUAUUGCCAAGGCUUGUUUAUCAGGAGGGGAUUAUCUCUUGUGGAAAUCAGAAUAUGAUGAAAAGGCUAAGGAGCAAGCUUCUCGUAAUCGAGCUGCCCAGAUUAAUAUUUCUUAUGAAAUGCUGGUAGGUGAAGGAGUUUAUGCUGAUACCCACAAUCAAAUUCAAUACCCCCAGGAAGCUUAUGGACAGAUUAAUGGAGCUGGGAUUAGAGCCUGGAAAAAGUUACCCACCUCUGGUCAGAAAACAGAGGAGCUCUCAAAAAUUAUUCAAGGGCCAGAUGAAAAGUAUCAGGAUUUUGUCUCUCGGCUAUUACAGGCUGUUGGCCGAGUAGUGGUGGAUGGAGAAGCUGGCAUGUUAAUAGUUAAACAGUUGGCAUAUGAAAACGCCAGCACUGCCUGCCAAGCUGCACUGCGGCCCUAUCAAAGACAGGGGACUCUCUCAGAUUAUAUCCGAAUUUGUGCAGAUAUUGGUCCCUCAUAUAUACAAGGAGUUGCCAUUGCAGCUGCAUUAAAGGGAACCACCAUUAAAGGAAUUCUUCAGCAACAAUUUAGCACAGGGAAAAGUCCAACAUACAAGUGUUACACUUGUGGAGGAACAGGACACAUAGCAAAACAGUGUCCUUCUAAUAAAGGGAUUAAUAAAGGAAAUGGCAGAGGUCCCAAACAACCUGGACUGUGCCCUAAAUGUAAAAAAGGAAAACAUUGGGCAAAUGAGUGUAAAUCUAAGACAGAUAUCCAGGGAAAUUCUUUGCCUCAACACCAGUCGGGAAACUACCAAAAGGGGCCAGCCCAGCCAUGGCAAAUAACAGGGGCAUUGUCUAUUUACCCUCCUGUCUCUAUGCCAUCUCAAGGCCAGCAGGCUGCACAGCACCCAGCCUGCCCCAGAGAGCAAAAUAGAUACAAGAGCUAUUCCGAGCAACCCCCGGAAGUACCGGGCUGGACCUUGGAUCCAUAGGAAUAAGACAUUCUGUCUGCCCUGGGUGCUGCCCUUGCCUACUGAA